AUGGCUUCCUCACCCGUGCGGGAGAUGGAAACGGCUCUGAUUGACAUGAUCGAUCGCUGGGCAGUCAACUCUCCUGACACAGUUGCCGCAGAAUGGAAAGAUACAAGCUUGAGCUUUGCCCAACUGCGACGGGCCUCCAUCCGAGUCGCGUCCAUGCUUCACAAAGCCGGGCUAGGGCCACGGUCCCGAGUUCCAAUUCUGACCAAAAUGUCGUUGGAAAUGCUUCCAGCGGUUGUGGGCGUAUUGAGACUGGGGGCAUGCUACGCUCCUAUAGAUGUGGAUUCUUGGAGUCGAGGCAGAAUUGAAGCUGCGCUUGAAGCGACUGAGGCAAAAACGGUGCUUGCGACCACUGCUAUCAAUUUGCCUGGAUACAAUGUCCUGUCUAUUGGGAGUGAUAUUCUGGAGUCGCCGGAUGUUUCCCCAUCCUUAGAAGCAUACCCAUACCUCAUCAGCGCUCGACAAGGUCUCAAACCGACGGACUUGGUGUAUAUAAUAUUCACUUCAGGAACGACGGGCCAACCAAAAGGCGUCAUGAUCCCGCAAUCUUGUGUGGUUAACCUCAUAACACAGGAUUACGAUGGCAUCCUAGUAAUAAGGCCAGGGAAAAAGGUUUUGCUAUUGUUUUCCAUAGCUUUCGAUGGCUGCGCCGGUGUUAUUUUCAAUUCAAUGUGCAAUGGAGGUACGAUUAUAAUGGCUUCUUCUGAUGACUAUGCUGAAAAGGCCGCCAAAUGUGAAGCCAUUAUUAUAACUCCAACUAUUCUUUCCACGAUGGACUCACCAGCUCACUAUCCUGGGUCGAGACCAACCUGUAAAGUUUACAACUGCUAUGGGCCAACCGAAUGCACAACUGCUAUUUCCAGCAUUGAACUGCGCCCUGAUACUCCCAUAUUUAUUGGGGGUAUCAUACCGGGAAUUGAGAUUGUCCUACUUGAUGAAAACCUUGAGGAGGCAGAGGUUGGGGAAAUCUGCAUUCGGGGCCCUUGUCUUGCAGCCGGAUAUCUCAAUAAUGAGGAGCUGACCCUGAAGAAGUUUAUAAUAUGGAAAGGGCAGCGGCACUAUCGUACUGGUGAUCUUGCAAAGCGAAUUCCAGAGGGGUUCAAAUUUAUUGGCAGGAUUGAUCUACAAGUCAAGAAUAGAGGGUUCUUGAUCAACCUAGACGCGGAAGUCGUGCCAGCACUACUAAGCUACCCAGGAGUCCGCUCAGCUGCUGCAAUUAUGCAUGCUUCGCGGUUGAUUGGGUUCGUUACUCCCUCAGUGAUACCUCCACAACUAUUGCGAAAGGCGCUUGCAAAAGAAUACGACUCAUUUAUUGUUCCAGAUGUAGUUCUUCCCCUUGAAAAACUCCCUGUUACGUCGAAUCAGAAGAUUGACACUGCUGCUCUUAAAGCAAUCUUGAUACAGGAGACAACAACCCACAAGGGGUUGACUGAGCAGUCGUCACCAUCGGAGGUGGUGAAAUAUGGGUUCUCAAAGGUCCUAGGGACUCCAAUCUCCCAGAUCAAUGACGAUUCAUCAUUUUGGGAACUAGGAGGAAAUUCACUCUCUGCGGUGCGGCUUUCGUCCUUUUUAAGGAUGCAUCACUUGAGCAUCCCAACAGGAGAUUUCUUUGUUCUAGAUAAAGUCUCGAGUAUCUGCCAGAAAGCGGUCCCCACGCAAGCGCCAGAGAAAACAUUCGAAACCGUUGAAACCAGAGGUGGGGUUGAUGCCGCAUUUGGUAGAUUACUGCCCAUAACCGAUAUCCAAUAUCAAUACAUAAGCGAGACACUUCAGAGCCCUGCUAAAAACAACUUGGUUUUCUCCAUGAAGAUAGAUAACACCAGCGGAAAACUAAGCAGUUCGGUAUUGCACAAGGCUUGGGAGGUUCUGUUUAAAAGGCAUUCCAUCUUGCGAACUGCAUUUGAUCUAGACAAGAAAACCCAGCUCGUCCAACCGGAACCAAAUCUGGAAUGGACUGAAACCCAAGUAUCCGAAUCCGAGUUUGAUUCGACUUGCGAAACGAUACGGGAGUCUGUCUGGGAUCGAAUAUGCGAACCGAGUCCAAUUUCUUGGAAGCCUCUCAACUACCUGAGAAUUAUCGAGGCUCCCAAGAAAUCUAUUGGGAUAUUCUGGGUGAUACACCACAGUUUAUUGGACGGCUGGUCUGUGGGGAUUAUACUGGAUGAGCUUGAAGCUAUUACCCAAAAUAGGGAAUUGCCAGAGCCGCCACAAUUUUCCGAUGCCGUACUUUUCCAGGAAUGCCUCAAAAUCCAGCGUUGUUCUGAGAAUGACAGCUUCUGGAAGAAGUCUUUCGCAGUAGCUCACGCUCUGAAGCCUAUCAACCUGCCUAAGCCAGCUAAUCUACCAUCGCUAGAAUCUAGCCGGGACUGGAUAAUUGAGGAAUCAGUGAUAGCAAUCUCAAAAUCGGAGCUGGACAACUUUGCACACAGUCAACGAGUCUCCUCAUCUUCACUUUUCCACGCCGCAUUGUCCUUGGUCUUGUCCAAAUACACUGAUUCGAAGACAGUCUGCUACAUGAGUAGUUUCUCGGGUCGAAAUCUUGCUCUAGCAUCAACAGAAUCUAUUGUAGGGCCGUUGAACCAACGAUGUCCGACCAUCACCACGAUUGAUGAGACAAUGGCCCUGGGACAAUACUUGAGAGCUAUUCACCGCGAAGUGUACGAACUGAGAGAGUUCCAGUGGUCAUCCUACGGUGUCUUAGAGCGGAUACUCGGUCAUGAAGUCCACGAAUUGCUUCUCAUUUUUGGGAUGAUUAUAUUUCUUGAUAUGCCGGUAGAUUAUGGCCGAUGGAAACUACACGACGAACAGGAGCCAGUCAAACCCCUGGAAUUGUAUAUCAACCAGGACGGGGAGACUAUUAAUGCUCAAUUGCGGUACAACUACACCCGUUUCGAUGCGGAAGCAGUCCGUCAAUUCGUGGCUUAUUUUGGGGGUAUUUUGGCAAAAAUCCUUAACUUACCGGCCAAUUCAUUAGUAGAGUCGGUAACAGCCUCAAUAGCGUGA